AUGGCCGACAGCAAUGGCUCCAGACCGGAUGAUGGCACCUUUUGGGCUCCGGGAACGCUACGACUAGAGGAUUUGACCGGGCCCGCAACGGACGUCAUCCUCCACCCAGUGCCUAGCACCGAACCAGAUGACCCCUUGAACUGGAGCAAAUUGCGCAAGACCAUCAACUUCGGCUUGACCGGCUUCUUCGUCCUUUGGACAUUUGUACAGCUCCAGAGCGGCACGACAUCAUGGGGUCAAAUUGCGCCUGAACUGGGCUUCAGCAACGAUCAGCUGAACAAUGGAGGCGCUAUGAGCUGUGCUGGGCUUGCAGUCGGCUGCAUGCUCUUCAUGCCGUUCGUACACAAGUACGGACGACGACCUCUGUACCUGCUCAGCUCUGCGCUCCAGUUGAGUGGAGUGUUGUGGCAGACCCAGAUGGCGAACUAUGGUGACUAUUUGGGCAGCAACUUCCUUGCUGGACUGGGCGGUGCUAUCAGCGAGGCCGUCAUCCAGAUCACCAUUGCCGAUUUGUUCUUCGUCCAUCAACAUGGAACGAUGAACGCAUGGUACCUCGUCUUCACGUCCGUGGGUGCCUCCCUCGGCCCGGUAGCCGCCGGCUUCGUUGUGGAGUCGCAGGGCUGGAGAUGGAUCUGGUGGUGGUGCACAAUCUUCCUCGGUCUAAACUUCGUCCUCGUCAUGUUCUUUUUCGAAGAGUCCAAGUACGUCCCUUUCCUCAAUGGUCAGAGUGUGCCACAUACGGCUGGCACUUCUGGCUCGGAUGGACUCGAGGACGGCCGUCCCGACUCAGGGCUGCAAAAGGCCACAGACGGCAAAGGCGACGCAAAGCACACCGCCAUGGAGCGCAUACAAUCCCGAAUUGACACCUCCUUACCACGAAAGACUUAUCGUCAGCGCAUGGCCAUCGUCACCCCUUCCAAUCAACGCAUCGGCCACCACUUCUACCAGCCAAUCGUUGUCUUGUUCACUUUCCCUGCCGUGGCCUUUGCUGCACUCACUUAUGGUACCCUGCUGGCGUGCAUGGCAUUGAUGAGCUCAUUACAGGCCGUCUACCUGUUGCAACCACCAUACAACUUUGGAGCUUCUGGCGUUGGACUCAUGAACAUUGCUCCGUUCGUUGGCACGUUCUUUGGAUUCUUCGCGGGUGGUUUCCUGAACGACAGAUCGAUCAUGUACUUCGCCAGGCGGAAUGGAGGCAUUUACGAACCAGAGAUGCGCCUGUGGAUCACUCUUAUCUCAGCAAUCCUGCUCCCGGGCGGUAUCCUGAUGUUUGGGCUAGCCUUAGCCAGGGGUCUGCACUGGAUGAUAUUGGCCGUAGGAUUCGGGCUGUUCGGUUUCACAUUUGUCCUAGCUAGUGGUGUCGCGCUAUCAUACGUGACAGAUUGCUAUCAAGAGAUCCUCGGAGAUGCUAUGAUAGGCAUCGUCUUUGUCCGGAACCUAUUCGCCGUGGUCAUCCUCUUCGCACUCACGCCGUGGACGAACAAUAUGGGUAUACAGAACGUCUCCAUCAUCACGGCGGCUGUAUGCUUUGCGAUCUUGCUAAUCCCCAUCCCCUUGCUAUUGUGGGGCAAGAAGAUCAGGGUUGCGACGGCGACGAAAUACAAGCGCAUGGCAAUGCGACAGCCAGCCCAUAGAACACUUGAGUAG